AUGGCAAACAAUGGCGAGAAUUCUCGCUCAAUUUACCCGAAAGCCCCCGAGUUCUCCCUCUCAACCUUCUCAAGCAAAGAUUUCAUUGUCAAGGACUUCAUAGAGGGGCUCACGGAAUCGAGCAUUCCUAUAAAUCGUCGCUCCGGGACUGGGAAUAGUAAUGCCUUCGACCCAAAACCGUAUAUUCGAACUUUUGAGGCGGCCCUUGGUCGGCUGAAAGAUCUCGAUGAGGCACUCUCCAUGAGGGAAUCCGAGCUCAAGGAAGGGGUUCGUCGGGCAGAAAUUGAUCACACUCGUACCCUCGGACGUCUGAGUCUCAAGUUCAACACCACACUUUCUGAAUUCCAGCGGUUGGAUACCAGCAUCUCUGAUGGAGGGGGCAUGGCUGUUAGGAUCGGGGGGCAGCUGGAACAGCUUGAAAAACAACGGCAGAGAGCGGAAGACGCUAAAUUUUUGAUUCAAUGCUACACUGAAUUCAGCAGAGGCGAUAUGGGCCGACUGGAAAGCUUACGAAGGACCGGGAGAAUUGAAGACAGCAUUCGCUGUGCGGUUGUUAGUCGACAACUGAGCUUGGUGGUCAAACGAAGCGAUGGAUACAGAGCAAGCAAUCGUACAAAGGAAUUGAUUGAGGCUUUCUCGGAGACACUGGAACAGGAUCUACUAAAACAAUUCGAUGACGCUUACAGAAAGUUCAACAUUGAUGCUAUGAAAGGUUGCGCUAAGGUUUUGCACGAUUUUAAUGGCGGGAAUUCCGUGAUUAGCAAUUUUCUCAAUCAGAUGGACUUCUUCAUCGCUACCGGUAAAAUUAACGCUGGAGAAGUUGCGAUUGAUGCCGACAUGUAUGAAAAGCUCUCUGAUCCAGAUGAGACCCCUCCAGGCUUAGAACCAAGCUUAAUGGCCCUAGUAAGUGAGAUCAGGGAUGUGAUGAAAGCGGAAUCCCGAACUAUCAAAGAAGUGUUCCCAUUCCCGGAGCAAGUUCUUGGGACCUUUCUUCAGCGCGUGUUUCAACAGUCUUUGCAACAACGGCUUGAGAUGGUGUUGGAGAAGACUUCUACUCUCUCGCACCUGGCGUUUCUACGCACACUUCAGGCUUCACGAGCAUGCAUCAUUGCCCUUGCAGAUGACCUCAAGUCCCACGGUUUAACCGAGCAUCCGGGAACACUAUCAUCCGCUACAACGGUGCUCAUCGAUCAAAACGUUGAGGAGCUCUUUCUCCCACACCUACAAGUUAGAGGAUAUAUGGAAAAAGAGAAGGAGAGUUUGGAGCAGCUUUAUACCGGUUUAUUAUUGAAGUUCCACAUGUCCCACGAACAACGGAAAAGGGAACAAAAUCUAGGAGUCCUAGACCGACUGAAGAAAUCACGCGAGAGAGCCAUCGAAAAAGUUCUAGAUAGUGACCUUGGAAAGUCUCAAAGCAAUGCACUUAGUAGGAUAAUCGGAUUAGACCGUACCAAGUCUGGGAAAGGAAGCCACUUAUCAGAUGUUAUUCUCACAGAUUCCGAUGGCCAGCUUAAUGUUGAGUUUGCGAAGAGAAUGCUCAAAUGGCUUGCCGAGGGUGUUGGUAGAAGCUUGGAAUUGAGUACACCGGCUGAUACACCGAAAGAUGUCUCUGCUUUACUGAACAUUUUAAUAGACCAUAUGCGGACCACAUACCUUGAUACUGCCCUAGAUGCUGCUCUAGAAGCCGCUGAGCAGCAAACGAAGGGUGAACCGGAUCUAACGUACUUUCUAGAGAUUAAGCCAGCAACAACAAUCAUGCAUUUGAUGUUUUCAUUCAUCAACACCGCGUUAAUUCCGCUUUCCCAGACAUCUCUCACAACUCGGCGGGAGAUGGGCAAAUUGACCAAUACCACCCUAAUGAGCCUAGAGCAGAAGAUCAACAAUGUAAUUCAGAGAACUAUUGAUGUUGUUCUAGCCUAUAUUUCGGUUCUACUGGCAAAGCAGAAAAAGCAAGAUUUCAGGCCGAAGGACGAUGAUGUCAGCUUAACGACUCUUCAAACACCGGCCUGUUUAUCUGUUUGCGCAUUUCUCCAGAAAGUUACGGAGAUCUCAAAUGAAUCCCUGGAUGGCACGAACCUAGAAUCGUUCUUAAAUGAAAUAGGUUCUGGUUUUAGAGGUUUGUUGCUGGACCACCUGAAGAAGUACCAGGUCAAUCAGGCUGGCGGCAUUAUGCUUUCGAAAGAUAUAGCAAAGUAUCAGGAUGUCGUCAACAAGUGGGGCGCAGUGACAGUCAACGAGAGCUUCGAACUACUUGUUGAAAUCGGAAACCUCUUUGUUGUUGGGUAUGACCUAUCCUUUUAA